AUGACAAGCCUAGGCGUCAGUGAAGAGUCCACCACCUCCCGUAGCCAACCAGGUUCAACUCACUCAACAGUGUCACCUGCCAGCAGCACCACGCCAGGCCCCAGUGAGGAAUCUACCACCGUCUACAGCAGCAGCCCAGGCUCAACUGAAACCACAGUGUUCCCUCGCAGCACCACAACCUCAGUUCGUGGUGAGGAACCUACAACCUUCCACAGCCAGCAGGCCGCAACUCACACAACGCUGUUCACUGAGGACACCACCACCUCGGGCCUCACUGAAGAAUCUACAGCCUUCCCCAGCAGCCCAGUCUCCACCCGAACAGGGUUGCCUGUCACCCUCACAACCACAGACCUCGGUCGUGGAGAAUCUACAACCUCACCCAUCAGUCCAGGCUCAACUGAAAUAACAACGUUAUCUGGCAGCACCACAACACCAGGCCUCAGUGAGGCGUCUACCACCUUCUACAGCAGCCCCAGAUCACCAACCACAACACUCCCACCUGCCAGCAUGACAAGCCUAGGCGUCAGUGAAGAGUCCACCACCUCCCGUAGCCAACCAGGCUCAACUGGAACAACACUCUCACCUGCCCGCUCCACCACCUCAGGCCUUGUUGGAGAAUCUACACCCUCAACCCUCAGUCCAAGCUCAACCGAAACAACAACUUUACCCGGCAGUCCCACAACACCAAGCCUCGGUGAGAAAUCAACCGCCUUCUACACCAGCCCCAGAUCACCAGAUGCAACACUCUCACCUGCGACCACAACAAGCUCAGGCGUCAGUGAAGAAUCCGGCACAUCCCAUAGUCAACCGGGCUCAACGCACACGACAGCGUUCCCUGACAGCACCACCACGUCAGGCCUCAGUCAGGAACCUACAACUUCCCACAGCAGCCAAGGCUCAACAGAGGCAACGCUGUCCCCUGGCAGUACCACGGCCUCAUCCCUUGGUCCACAGUCUACAACCUUGCACAGCAGCCCAGCCACUGAAACCACACUCUUACCUGACGACACCACAACCUCAGGCCUCGUGGAGGCAUCUACACCCAUCCACAGCAGCACUGGCUCGCUACACACAACACUGACCCCUGCCAGCUCCACAAGCGCUGGCCUUCAGGAAGAAUCUGCCACUUUCCAGAGCUGGCCAAGCUCAAGUGACACAACACCUUCACCUCCUAGCACCACACCAGCCCCUGUUGAAGUAUCCACAACCUACCACAGCCGCCCGAGCUCAACUCCAACAACACAGUUUUCUGCCAGCUCCACAACCUUGGGCCGUAGUGAGGAAUCAACAACAGUCCACAGCAGCCCAGGUGCAACUGGAACAACACGCUUCCCUACCCGCUCCGCGACCUCAGUUCUUGUUGGAGAACCUACAACCUCACCCAUCAGUUCAGGCUCAAUGGAAACAACAGCGUUACCCGGCAGUACCACAACAGCAGGCCUGAGUGAGAAAUCUACCACCUUCUACAGUAGCCCCAGAUCACCAGUCACAACACUCUCACCUGCCAGCACGACAAGCUCAGGCGUCAGUGAAGAAUCCACCACCUCCCACAGCCGACCACACACAGGCUCAACGCACACAACAGCGUUCCCUGGCAGUACCACCAUGCCAGGCCUCAGUCAGGAAUCUACAGCUUCCCGCAGCAGCCCAGGCUCCACAGACACAACACUGUCCCCUGGCAGUACCACAGCAUCAUCCCUUGGUCCAGAGUCUACUACCAUCCACAGCAGCCCAGGCUCCACUGGAACAUCACUCUUACCUGACAACACCACAACCUCAGGCCUCCUUGAAGCAUCUACGCCCGUCCACAGCAGCACUGGAUCGCCACACACAACACUGUCCCCUGCCGGUUCUACAACCCGUCAGGGAGAAUCUACCACUUUCCAGAGCUGGCCAAGCUCAAAUGACACUGCGCCUGCACCUCCUAGUACCACAUCAGCCUUUGUUGAACUAUCUACAACCUACCAUAGCAGCCCGAGCUCAACUCCAACAACACAGCUUUCUGCCAGCUCCACAAUCUUGGGCCUUACUGAAGAAUCUACAACCUACCACAGCAGCCCGGGCUCAACUCAAACAAUGCACUUCCCUGAAAGCUCCACAACUUCAGGCCGUAGUGAAGAAUCAACAACUUCCCACAGCAGCACAACACACACAAUAUCUUCACCUCCUGGCACCACACCUGGCCCUGUUGAAGAGUCUACAAGCUACCACAGCAGCCCGGGCUCAACUGCAACAACACGCUUCCCCGACAGCUCCACAACCUCAGGCCGUAGUGAGGAAUCAACAGCAUACCACAGCAGCCCAGACGCAACGGGAACAACAGUCUCAUCUGCCCGCUCCACAACCUCAGUUCUUGUUGGAGAAUCUACGACCUCACCCAUCAGUUCAGGCUCCACGGAAACAACAGCCUCACGCAGUACCACAACGCCAGGCCUCAGUGAGAAAUCUACCACUUUCUACAGUAGCCCCAGAUCACCAGACACAACACUCUCACCUGCCAGCACGACAAGCUCAGGCGUCAGUGAAGAAUCCACCACCUCCCACAGCCGAAAAGGCUCAACGCACACAACAGCAUUCCCUGACAGCACCGCCACGCCAGGCCUCAGUCGGGAGUCUACAACUUCCCGCAGCAGCCCAGGCUCAACGGAUACAACACUGUUACCUGCCAGCACCACCACCUCAGGUCCCGGUCGGGAAUCGACAACAUCCCACAGCAGCCCAGGUUCAACUGACACUGCACUGUCCCCUGGCAGUACCACAACCUUAUCCUCUGGUCAAGAAUCUACAACCUUCCACAGCAGCCCAGGCUCCACUCACACAACACUCUUCUUUGACAGCACCACAAGCUCAGGCAUCGUUGAAGCAUCUACACGCGUCCACAGCAGCACUGGCUCACCACACACAACACUGUCCCCUGCCAGCUCCACAAGCCCUGGCCUUCAGGGAGAAUCUACCGCCUUCCAGACCCACCCAGCCUCAACUCACACAACGCCUUCACCUCCUAGCACCACAGCAGCCCCUGUUGAGGAAUCUACAACCUACCACCACAGCCCAGGCUCGACUCCAACGACACACUUCCCUGCCAGCUCCACAACUUCGGGACACAGUGAGAAAUCAACAACAUUCCACGGCAGCCCAGAUGCAAGUGGAACAACACCCUCACCUGCCCACUCCACAACCUCAGGUCGUGGAGAAUCUACAACCUCACCCAUCAGUCCAGGCUCAACUGAAAUAACAACGUUAUCUGGCAGCACCACAACACCAGGCCUCAGUGAGGCGUCUACCACCUUCUACAGCAGCCCCAGAUCACCAACCACAACACUCCCACCUGCCAGCAUGACAAGCCUAGGCGUCAGUGAAGAGUCCACCACCUCCCGUAGCCAACCAGGUUCAACUCACUCAACAGUGUCACCUGCCAGCAGCACCACGCCAGGCCCCAGUGAGGAAUCUACCACCGUCUACAGCAGCAGCCCAGGCUCAACUGAAACCACAGUGUUCCCUCGCAGCACCACAACCUCAGUUCGUGGUGAGGAACCUACAACCUUCCACAGCCAGCAGGCCGCAACUCACACAACGCUGUUCACUGAGGACACCACCACCUCGGGCCUCACUGAAGAAUCUACAGCCUUCCCCAGCAGCCCAGUCUCCACCCGAACAGGGUUGCCUGUCACCCUCACAACCACAGACCUCGGUGAGGAAUCAACAACCUUCCCCAGCAGCUCAGGCUCAACUGGAACAACACUCUCACCUGCCCGCUCCACCACCUCAGGCCUUGUUGGAGAAUCUACACCCUCAACCCUCAGUCCAAGCUCAACCGAAACAACAACUUUACCCGGCAGUCCCACAACACCAAGCCUCGGUGAGAAAUCAACCGCCUUCUACACCAGCCCCAGAUCACCAGAUGCAACACUCUCACCUGCGACCACAACAAGCUCAGGCGUCAGUGAAGAAUCCGGCACAUCCCAUAGUCAACCGGGCUCAACGCACACGACAGCGUUCCCUGACAGCACCACCACGUCAGGCCUCAGUCAGGAACCUACAACUUCCCACAGCAGCCAAGGCUCAACAGAGGCAACGCUGUCCCCUGGCAGUACCACGGCCUCAUCCCUUGGUCCACAGUCUACAACCUUGCACAGCAGCCCAGGCGCCACUGAAACCACACUCUUACCUGACGACACCACAACCUCAGGCCUCGUGGAGGCAUCUACACCCAUCCACAGCAGCACUGGCUCGCUACACACAACACUGACCCCUGCCAGCUCCACAAGCGCUGGCCUUCAGGAAGAAUCUGCCACUUUCCAGAGCUGGCCAAGCUCAAGUGACACAACACCUUCACCUCCUAGCACCACACCAGCCCCUGUUGAAGUAUCCACAACCUACCACAGCCGCCCGAGCUCAACUCCAACAACACAGUUUUCUGCCAGCUCCACAACCUUGGGCCGUAGUGAGGAAUCAACAACAGUCCACAGCAGCCCAGGUGCAACUGGAACAACACGCUUCCCUACCCGCUCCGCGACCUCAGUUCUUGUUGGAGAACCUACAACCUCACCCAUCAGUUCAGGCUCAAUGGAAACAACAGCGUUACCCGGCAGUACCACAACAGCAGGCCUGAGUGAGAAAUCUACCACCUUCUACAGUAGCCCCAGAUCACCAGUCACAACACUCUCACCUGCCAGCACGACAAGCUCAGGCGUCAGUGAAGAAUCCACCACCUCCCACAGCCGACCACACACAGGCUCAACGCACACAACAGCGUUCCCUGGCAGUACCACCAUGCCAGGCCUCAGUCAGGAAUCUACAGCUUCCCGCAGCAGCCCAGGCUCCACAGACACAACACUGUCCCCUGGCAGUACCACAGCAUCAUCCCUUGGUCCAGAGUCUACUACCAUCCACAGCAGCCCAGGCUCCACUGGAACAUCACUCUUACCUGACAACACCACAACCUCAGGCCUCCUUGAAGCAUCUACGCCCGUCCACAGCAGCACUGGAUCGCCACACACAACACUGUCCCCUGCCGGUUCUACAACCCGUCAGGGAGAAUCUACCACUUUCCAGAGCUGGCCAAGCUCAAAUGACACUGCGCCUGCACCUCCUAGUACCACAUCAGCCUUUGUUGAACUAUCUACAACCUACCAUAGCAGCCCGAGCUCAACUCCAACAACACAGCUUUCUGCCAGCUCCACAAUCUUGGGCCGUAGUGAGGAAUCGACAACAGUCCACAGCAGCCCAGUUGCAACUGCAACAACACCUUCAUCUGCCCGCUCCACAACCUCAACCUCAGGCCUUACUGAAGAAUCUACAACCUACCACAGCAGCCCGGGCUCAACUCAAACAAUGCACUUCCCUGAAAGCUCCACAACUUCAGGCCGUAGUGAAGAAUCAACAACUUCCCACAGCAGCACAACACACACAAUAUCUUCACCUCCUGGCACCACACCUGGCCCUGUUGAAGAGUCUACAAGCUACCACAGCAGCCCGGGCUCAACUGCAACAACACGCUUCCCCGACAGCUCCACAACCUCAGGCCGUAGUGAGGAAUCAACAGCAUACCACAGCAGCCCAGACGCAACGGGAACAACAGUCUCAUCUGCCCGCUCCACAACCUCAGUUCUUGUUGGAGAAUCUACGACCUCACCCAUCAGUUCAGGCUCCACGGAAACAACAGCCUCACCCGGCAGUACCACAACGCCAGGCCUCAGUGAGAAAUCUACCACUUUCUACAGUAGCCCCAGAUCACCAGACACAACACUCUCACCUGCCAGCACGACAAGCUCAGGCGUCAGUGAAGAAUCCACCACCUCCCACAGCCGAAAAGGCUCAACGCACACAACAGCAUUCCCUGACAGCACCGCCACGCCAGGCCUCAGUCGGGAGUCUACAACUUCCCGCAGCAGCCCAGGCUCAACGGAUACAACACUGUUACCUGCCAGCACCACCACCUCAGGUCCCGGUCGGGAAUCGACAACAUCCCACAGCAGCCCAGGUUCAACUGACACUGCACUGUCCCCUGGCAGUACCACAACCUUAUCCUCUGGUCAAGAAUCUACAACCUUCCACAGCAGCCCAGGCUCCACUCACACAACACUCUUCUUUGACAGCACCACAAGCUCAGGCAUCGUUGAAGCAUCUACACGCGUCCACAGCAGCACUGGCUCACCACACACAACACUGUCCCCUGCCAGCUCCACAAGCCCUGGCCUUCAGGGAGAAUCUACCGCCUUCCAGACCCACCCAGCCUCAACUCACACAACGCCUUCACCUCCUAGCACCACAGCAGCCCCUGUUGAGGAAUCUACAACCUACCACCACAGCCCAGGCUCGACUCCAACGACACACUUCCCUGCCAGCUCCACAACUUCGGGACACAGUGAGAAAUCAACAACAUUCCACGGCAGCCCAGAUGCAAGUGGAACAACACCCUCACCUGCCCACUCCACAACCUCAGGUCGUGGAGAAUCUACAACCUCACCCAUCAGUCCAGGCUCAACUGAAAUAACAACGUUAUCUGGCAGCACCACAACACCAGGCCUCAGUGAGGCGUCUACCACCUUCUACAGCAGCCCCAGAUCACCAACCACAACACUCCCACCUGCCAGCAUGACAAGCCUAGGCGUCAGUGAAGAGUCCACCACCUCCCGUAGCCAACCAGGUUCAACUCACUCAACAGUGUCACCUGCCAGCAGCACCACGCCAGGCCCCAGUGAGGAAUCUACCACCGUCUACAGCAGCAGCCCAGGCUCAACUGAAACCACAGUGUUCCCUCGCAGCACCACAACCUCAGUUCGUGGUGAGGAACCUACAACCUUCCACAGCCAGCAGGCCGCAACUCACACAACGCUGUUCACUGAGGACACCACCACCUCGGGCCUCACUGAAGAAUCUACAGCCUUCCCCAGCAGCCCAGUCUCCACCCGAACAGGGUUGCCUGUCACCCUCACAACCACAGACCUCGGUGAGGAAUCAACAACCUUCCCCAGCAGCUCAGGCUCAACUGGAACAACACUCUCACCUGCCCGCUCCACCACCUCAGGCCUUGUUGGAGAAUCUACACCCUCAACCCUCAGUCCAAGCUCAACCGAAACAACAACUUUACCCGGCAGUCCCACAACACCAAGCCUCGGUGAGAAAUCAACCGCCUUCUACACCAGCCCCAGAUCACCAGAUGCAACACUCUCACCUGCGACCACAACAAGCUCAGGCGUCAGUGAAGAAUCCGGCACAUCCCAUAGUCAACCGGGCUCAACGCACACAACAGCAUUCCCUGACAGCACCGCCACGCCAGGCCUCAGUCGGGAGUCUACAACUUCCCGCAGCAGCCCAGGCUCAACGGAUACAACACUGUUACCUGCCAGCACCACCACCUCAGGUCCCGGUCGGGAAUCGACAACAUCCCACAGCAGCCCAGGUUCAACUGACACUGCACUGUCCCCUGGCAGUACCACAACCUUAUCCUCUGGUCAAGAAUCUACAACCUUCCACAGCAGCCCAGGCUCCACUCACACAACACUCUUCUUUGACAGCACCACAAGCUCAGGCAUCGUUGAAGCAUCUACACGCGUCCACAGCAGCACUGGCUCACCACACACAACACUGUCCCCUGCCAGCUCCACAAGCCCUGGCCUUCAGGGAGAAUCUACCGCCUUCCAGACCCACCCAGCCUCAACUCACACAACGCCUUCACCUCCUAGCACCACAGCAGCCCCUGUUGAGGAAUCUACAACCUACCACCACAGCCCAGGCUCGACUCCAACGACACACUUCCCUGCCAGCUCCACAACUUCGGGACACAGUGAGAAAUCAACAACAUUCCACGGCAGCCCAGAUGCAAGUGGAACAACACCCUCACCUGCCCACUCCACAACCUCAGGUCGUGGAGAAUCUACAACCUCACCCAUCAGUCCAGGCUCAACUGAAAUAACAACGUUAUCUGGCAGCACCACAACACCAGGCCUCAGUGAGGCGUCUACCACCUUCUACAGCAGCCCCAGAUCACCAACCACAACACUCCCACCUGCCAGCAUGACAAGCCUAGGCGUCAGUGAAGAGUCCACCACCUCCCGUAGCCAACCAGGUUCAACUCACUCAACAGUGUCACCUGCCAGCAGCACCACGCCAGGCCCCAGUGAGGAAUCUACCACCGUCUACAGCAGCAGCCCAGGCUCAACUGAAACCACAGUGUUCCCUCGCAGCACCACAACCUCAGUUCGUGGUGAAGAACCUACAACCUUCCACAGUCAGCAGGCCGCAACUCACACAACGCUGUUCACUGAGGACACCACCACCUCGGGCCUCACUGAAGAAUCUACAGCCUUCCCCAGCAGCCCAGUCUCCACCCGAACAGGGUUGCCUGCCACCCUCACAACCACAGACCUCGGUGAGGAAUCAACAACCUUCCCCAGCAGCUCAGGCUCAACUGAAACACUCUCACCUGCCCGCUCCACCACCUCAGGACUUGUUGGAGAAUCUACACCCUCAACCCUCAGUCCAAGCUCAACCGAAACAACAACUUUACCCGGCAGUCCCACAACACCAAGCCUCGGUGAGAAAUCAACCACCGUCUACACCAGCCCCAGAUCACCAGAUGCAACACUCUCACCUGCGACCACAACAAGCUCAGGCGUCAGUGAAGAAUCCGGCACAUCCCAUAGUCAACCGGGCUCAACGCACACGCCAGCGUUCCCUGACAGCACCACCACGUCAGGCCUCAGUCAGGAACCUACAACUUCCCACAGCAGCCAAGGCUCAACAGAGGCAACGCUGUCCCCUGGCAGUACCACGGCCUCAUCCCUUGGUCCACAGUCUACAACCUUGCACAGCAGCCCAGCCACUGAAACCACACUCUUACCUGACGACACCACAACCUCAGGCCUCGUGGAGGCAUCUACACCCAUCCACAGCAGCACUGGCUCGCUACACACAACACUGACCCCUGCCAGCUCCACAAGCGCUGGCCUUCAGGAAGAAUCUGCCACUUUCCAGAGCUGGCCAAGCUCAAGUGACACAACACCUUCACCUCCUAGCACCACACCAGCCCCUGUUGAAGUAUCCACAACCUACCACAGCCGCCCGAGCUCAACUCCAACAACACAGUUUUCUGCCAGCUCCACAACCUUGGGCCGUAGUGAGGAAUCAACAACAGUCCACAGCAGCCCAGGUGCAACUGGAACAACACGCUUCCCUACCCGCUCCGCGACCUCAGUUCUUGUUGGAGAACCUACAACCUCACCCAUCAGUUCAGGCUCAAUGGAAACAACAUCUUUACCCGGCAGUACCACAACAGCAUGCCUGAGUGAGAAAUCUACCACCUUCUACAGUAGCCCCAGAUCACCAGUCACAACACUCUCACCUGCCAGCACGACAAGCUCAGGCGUCAGUGAAGAAUCCACCACCUCCCACAGCCGACCACACACAGGCUCAACGCACACAACAGCGUUCCCUGGCAGUACCACCAUGCCAGGCCUCAGUCAGGAAUCUACAGCUUCCCGCAGCAGCCCAGGCUCCACAGACACAACACUGUCCCCUGGCAGUACCACAGCAUCAUCCCUUGGUCCAGAGUCUACUACCAUCCACAGCAGCCCAGGCUCCACUGGAACAUCACUCUUACCUGACAACACCACAACCUCAGGCCUCCUUGAAGCAUCUACGCCCGUCCACAGCAGCACUGGAUCGCCACACACAACACUGUCCCCUGCCGGUUCUACAACCCGUCAGGGAGAAUCUACCACUUUCCAGAGCUGGCCAAGCUCAAAUGACACUGCGCCUGCACCUCCUAGUACCACAUCAGCCUUUGUUGAACUAUCUACAACCUACCAUAGCAGCCCGAGCUCAACUCCAACAACACAGCUUUCUGCCAGCUCCACAAUCUUGGGCCGUAGUGAGGAAUCGACAACAGUCCACAGCAGCCCAGUUGCAACUGCAACAACACCUUCAUCUGCCCGCUCCACAACCUCAACCUCAGGCCUUACUGAAGAAUCUACAACCUACCACAGCAGCCCGGGCUCAACUCAAACAAUGCACUUCCCUGAAAGCUCCACAACUUCAGGCCGUAGUGAAGAAUCAACAACUUCCCACAGCAGCACAACACACACAAUAUCUUCACCUCCUGGCACCACACCUGGCCCUGUUGAAGAGUCUACAAGCUACCACAGCAGCCCGGGCUCAACUGCAACAACACGCUUCCCCGACAGCUCCACAACCUCAGGCCGUAGUGAGGAAUCAACAGCAUACCACAGCAGCCCAGACGCAACGGGAACAACAGUCUCAUCUGCCCGCUCCACAACCUCAGUUCUUGUUGGAGAAUCUACGACCUCACCCAUCAGUUCAGGCUCCACGGAAACAACAGCCUCACCCGGCAGUACCACAACGCCAGGCCUCAGUGAGAAAUCUACCACUUUCUACAGUAGCCCCAGAUCACCAGACACAACACUCUCACCUGCCAGCACGACAAGCUCAGGCGUCAGUGAAGAAUCCACCACCUCCCACAGCCGAAAAGGCUCAACGCACACAACAGCAUUCCCUGACAGCACCGCCACGCCAGGCCUCAGUCGGGAGUCUACAACUUCCCGCAGCAGCCCAGGCUCAACGGAUACAACACUGUUACCUGCCAGCACCACCACCUCAGGUCCCGGUCGGGAAUCGACAACAUCCCACAGCAGCCCAGGUUCAACUGACACUGCACUGUCCCCUGGCAGUACCACAACCUUAUCCUCUGGUCAAGAAUCUACAACCUUCCACAGCAGCCCAGGCUCCACUCACACAACACUCUUCUUUGACAGCACCACAAGCUCAGGCAUCGUUGAAGCAUCUACACGCGUCCACAGCAGCACUGGCUCACCACACACAACACUGUCCCCUGCCAGCUCCACAAGCCCUGGCCUUCAGGGAGAAUCUACCGCCUUCCAGACCCACCCAGCCUCAACUCACACAACGCCUUCACCUCCUAGCACCACAGCAGCCCCUGUUGAGGAAUCUACAACCUACCACCACAGCCCAGGCUCGACUCCAACGACACACUUCCCUGCCAGCUCCACAACUUCGGGACACAGUGAGAAAUCAACAACAUUCCACGGCAGCCCAGAUGCAAGUGGAACAACACCCUCACCUGCCCACUCCACAACCUCAGGUCGUGGAGAAUCUACAACCUCACCCAUCAGUCCAGGCUCAACUGAAAUAACAACGUUAUCUGGCAGCACCACAACACCAGGCCUCAGUGAGGCGUCUACCACCUUCUACAGCAGCCCCAGAUCACCAACCACAACACUCCCACCUGCCAGCAUGACAAGCCUAGGCGUCAGUGAAGAGUCCACCACCUCCCGUAGCCAACCAGGUUCAACUCACUCAACAGUGUCACCUGCCAGCAGCACCACGCCAGGCCCCAGUGAGGAAUCUACCACCGUCUACAGCAGCAGCCCAGGCUCAACUGAAACCACAGUGUUCCCUCGCAGCACCACAACCUCAGUUCGUGGUGAAGAACCUACAACCUUCCACAGUCAGCAGGCCGCAACUCACACAACGCUGUUCACUGAGGACACCACCACCUCGGGCCUCACUGAAGAAUCUACAGCCUUCCCCAGCAGCCCAGUCUCCACCCGAACAGGGUUGCCUGCCACCCUCACAACCACAGACCUCGGUGAGGAAUCAACAACCUUCCCCAGCAGCUCAGGCUCAACUGGAACAACACUCUCACCUGCCCGCUCCACCACCUCAGGACUUGUUGGAGAAUCUACACCCUCAACCCUCAGUCCAAGCUCAACCGAAACAACAACUUUACCCGGCAGUCCCACAACACCAAGCCUCGGUGAGAAAUCAACCACCGUCUACACCAGCCCCAGAUCACCAGAUGCAACACUCUCACCUGCGACCACAACAAGCUCAGGCGUCAGUGAAGAAUCCGGCACAUCCCAUAGUCAACCGGGCUCAACGCACACGACAGCGUUCCCUGACAGCACCACCACGUCAGGCCUCAGUCAGGAACCUACAACUUCCCACAGCAGCCAAGGCUCAACAGAGGCAACGCUGUCCCCUGGCAGUACCACGGCCUCAUCCCUUGGUCAACAGUCUACAACCUUGCACAGCAGCCCAGGCGCCACUGAAACCACACUCUUACCUGACGACACCACAACCUCAGGCCUCGUGGAGGCAUCUACACCCAUCCACAGCAGCACUGGCUCACUACACACAACACUGACCCCUGCCAGCUCCACAAGCGCUGGCCUUCAGGAAGAAUCUACCACUUUCCAGAGCUGGCCAAGCUCAAGUGACACAACACCUUCACCUCCUAGCACGACACCAGCCCCUGUUGAAGUAUCCACAACCUACCACAGCCGCCCGAGCUUAACUCCAACAACAUACUUUUCUGCCAGCUCCACAACCUUGGGCCGUAGUGAGGAAUCAACAACAGUCCACAGCAGCCCAGGUGCAACUGGAACAACACGCUUCCCUACCCGCUCCGCGACCACAGUUCUUCCUGGAGAAUCCACAAUGUCGCUCAUCGGUUCAGGCUCAAUGGAAACAACAACCUUAUCUGGCAGUACCACAACAGCAGGCCUCAGUAAGAAACCUACCACCUUCUACAGUAGCCCGAGAUCACCAGAGGUAAUACUCUCACCUGGCAGCGUGACAAAUUCAGGCCUCGGUGAAGAAUUCACCACCUUCUACAGCCAGCCAGGUUCAAUGCACACAACACUGUUACCUGCCAGCGCCACCACUUUAAGGCUCAGUGAGAAGCCUACAACUCUCUCCAGCAUGGCAGACUCAGUGCACACGAUGCUGUUACCUGCCAGCACCACAACACCAGGCCUCAGCGAUGAAUUAGCAACUUCCCACAGCAGCCCAGGCUCAACUGAGACAACACUGUUCCCUGACAGCCCCAGAACCUCAGACCAUAGUGAAGAAUCAACAACUUCCUACAGCAGCACAACUCACACAACACCUUCACCUCCUAGCACCACACCUGCUCUUGUUGAAGAAUAUACAGGCUACCAGAGCAGCCCGGGCUCAACUGCAACAACACACUUUCCUGAGAGCUCCACAACCUCAGGGCGUAGUGAGAAAGCAACAGCAUCCCACAGCAGCCCAGAUACUAACGCAAUCACACUCUUACCUGCCCUUUUUACUACCUCAGGCCGCAGUGCAGAAUCUACCACCUUCUACAUCUCUCCAGGCUCAACACAAACAACGUUACCCAGCAGUACCGCAAUGCCAGGCCUCAGUGCAAAAUCUACUAUCUUUUACAGUAGCUCCAGAACACCAGACCAAACACUCUCAUCGGCCAGCAUGACAAGCUCCAGCAUCAGUGAAGAACCCACCAGCUUCGAUAGCCAAGCAGGGUCAACACACACAACAGUGUUUCCUGCCAGCACCACCACCUCAGGCCUCAGUCAGGAAUCAGCAACUUUCCACAGUAAGCCAGGCUCAACUGACACAACGCUGUCCCCUGGGAGCAUCACAACUUCAUCCUUUGCUCAAGAAUUUACCACCCCUCACAGCCAACCAGGCUCAGCUCCGUCAACAGUGUCACCUGCCAGCACCACAGUGCCAGGCCUUAAUGAGGAAUCUACCACCUUCUACAGCAGCCCAGGCUCAACUGAAACCACAGUGUUUUCUCACAGCACCACAACCUCCAUUCAUAGUCAACAAUCUACACCCUUCCCUGGCAGCCCAGGCGUCACCCUAACAGUGUUACCUGCCACCCUCACAACCACAGACAUUGGUCAGGAAUCAACAGCCUUCCACAGCAGUUCAGAUGCAACUGGAACAACACCCUUACCUGCCCGCUCCACAACCUCAGACCUUGGAGAAUCUACAACUUUCUACAUCAGCCCAUCCCCUACUUACACAACACUCUUUCCUGCCAGUUCCAGCACAUCAGGCCUCACUGAGGAAUCUACCACCUUCCACACCAGUCCAAGCUUCACUUCUACAAUUGUGUCUACUGAAAGCCUGGAAACCUUAGCACCAGGGUUGUGCCAGGAAGGACAAAUUUGGAAUGGAAAACAAUGCGUCUGUCCCCAAGGCUACGUUGGUUACCAGUGCUUGUCCCCUCUGGAAUCCUUCCCUGUAGAAACCCCAGAAAAACUCAGCGCUGCUUUAGGUAUGAGAGUGAAAGUGACUUACAGGAAUUUCACAGAGAAGAUGAAUGACUUAUCCUCCCAGGAAUACCAGAACUUCAGUACCCUCUUCAAGAACCGGAUGGAUGUCGUUUUGAAGGGCGACGAUCUUCCACAGUAUAGAGGGGUGAACAUUCGGAGAUUGCUCAAUGGUAGCAUCGUGGUCAAGAACGAUGUCAUUCUGGAGACAGACUACACUUUAGAGUAUGAGAAACUGUUUGAAAACCUGGCAGAGAUUGUAAAGGCCAAGAUUGUGAAUGAAACCAAAACAAUUGUUGUUAAUCCUGAUUCCUGCAGAGAGGCCAUACUGUGCUAUAGUGAAAAUGACACUUUCGUGGAUUCAUCAGUGACGCCGGGCUUUGACUUCCAGGAGCAAUGCACCCAGAAGGCUGCCGAAGGAUAUGCCCAAUUCUACUAUGUGGAUGUCUUGGAUGGGAAGCUGGCCUGUGUGAACAAGUGCACCAAAGGAACGAAGUCGCAAAUGAACUGUAACCUGGGCACAUGUCAGCUGCAACGCAGUGGCCCCCGCUGCCUGUGCCCAAAUACGGACACACACUGGUACUGGGGAGAGACUUGUGAAUUCAACAUCGCCAAGAGCCUCGUGUAUGGGAUUGUGGGGGCUGUGAUGGCGGUGCUGCUGCUCGCAUUGAUCAUCCUAGUCAUCUUAUUCAGCCUAUCCCAGAGAAAACAGCACAGGGAACAGUAUGAUGUGCCUCAAGAGUGGCGAAAGGAAGGCACCCCUGGCAUCUUCCAGAAGACGGCCAUCUGGGAAGACCAGAAUCUGAGGGAUAGCAGAUUCGGCCUUGAGAACACCUACAACAACUUCCGGCCCACCCUGGAGGCUGUUGACUCCGGCACAGAGCUCCACAUCCAGAGGCCGGAGAUGGUAGCAUCCGCUGUGUGAGCCAACGGGGGCCUCCCACCCUCAUCUGUCUCUGUGCAGGAGAGCUGCAAACACAGAGCCCCCCACAGGCCUCCGGAGUUGGUCAAGAGGAGACGGAAGUCAGGCCCUGAAGCCGGUCCUGCUCUGAGCUGACAGACUUGGCCAGUCCCCUGCCUGUGCUCCUGCUGGGGAAGGCUGGGGGCUGUAAGCCCCUCCAUCCAGGAGUUUCUAGACUCCCAGAAGCCUCGGCACCCCUGUCUCCUCCUGGGUGGCCUCCCCACUCUGGAAUUUCCCUACCAAUAAAAGCAAAUCUUAAAGCUCA